AUGUCAUCUGAUGCCCUGCAAACGCUACGAGACCCGUCACUGCUGGUGACGGCCGGCCUGGUCUCCGGCCAGUGGCGGGCGCCAAACGGAAUGACAUUCCACGUCUACGAGCCGUCAUCUGGGACCGUGUUGGGAAACUGUGCAAAUCUUGGCCGGCAAGACUUCCUCGAUGCCAUCGAUGGCGCCGAAAGCGGAACCCGAAUUUUCCACCAAGGAACGACGGCUAAGGAGCGUGGCGCUAUUCUGCGUAAAUGGUUUGACCUGGUCACGGCCAACACAGAAGAUUUGGCUACUAUUCUGUCGCUGGAAAAUGGCAAAACAUUUGCAGAGGCGAAGGGGGAGGUGAUCUAUGCGGCAUCUUUCAUCUCGUGGUUUGCCGAGGAGGCGACUCGCUCCUACGGCGAUACCAUCCCCUCGUCAUACGCCAAUGCUACUGUGCUUACAUACAAGGAGCCCGUCGGAGUUUGUGGCAUCAUCACGCCGUGGAACUUUCCAGCAGCCAUGAUUACUCGCAAGAUAGCCCCGGCACUAGCAGCCGGAUGCUCCGUGGUCAUUAAGCCGCCUAGCGAGACUCCAUUUACGGCUCUUGCGCUUGCGAAGCUUGCUUUGGUUGCCGGAGUCCCAGCAGACUGUCUCCAUGUGGUGCCGACAAGAGAUCGGGCGGCGUCAAUGACUCUAGCAACAGACCCCAGGGUGAAGAAGCUGAGCUUUACGGGGUCUACCGGUGUAGGCAAGAUCCUAACUCGUGCCGCGGCUGGGACGAUGAAACGUGUUAGUAUGGAAUUGGGAGGCAAUGCACCUUUUAUAGUGUUUGAUGAUGCAGACCUCGACGUGGCAGUCGAAGCAGCCAUGAUCUGCAAAUUCCGCUGCUCGGGACAAACCUGCGUGUGCGCAAAUCGACUACUAGUACAUGAGAAGGUCAAGGACGAGUUCGUCUUGCGACUUGUCAAGCAGGUGCGGACACUGAAUCUGGGUCGGGGCAUCGACGAAGGAGUCACCCAAGGCCCACUUGUCAACGCCGCUGCCGUGAACAAGGUCGACGCCCAUGUACGCGACGCGGUCAGUAAAGGGGCCAUCUUACACACGGGUGGGAAGAGACCUGAGGGCCUUGAUGGAUAUUUCUACGAGCCCACGGUGAUCAGCAACGCCAAUGCCCAGAUGGAGGUGGCUGUCGACGAGACUUUCGGCCCUCUGGCGGCUAUCUUUACCUUCACGAGCGAGGAUGAGGCCGUGCGAAUGGCAAACGCUACUGAGUACGGACUCUCUGGGUACUUCUUCAGCCAGAACAUAGGACGCGUCAUGCGAGUCGCCCGGCGACUGGAUUGCGGCAUGGUUGGCGUCAAUACAGGUUUGAUCAGUGCCGCCGAGAGCCCCUUUGGCGGAGUCAAGGAAAGCGGCAUGGGCCGUGAAGGGAGCAAGUAUGGCCUUGCCGAAUACCAGAAUAUCAAGGCCGUCACGAUUGGUAAUCUGCAGAACUGA